AUGGCCGCAGAGUCCUCUACAAGCGCUUCUCGCAAUGCCGCAAAGGCUAGCACUGCUGGUGCCCCAGCCAACUAUGAGCUCCCCUGGGUCGAGAAAUACCGCCCCAUCUUCCUCGAUGACAUUGUGGGCAACACGGAGACAGUGGAACGCUUAAAGAUCAUCGCAAAGGAUGGCAAUAUGCCCCAUGUGAUCAUUUCCGGAAUGCCCGGUAUUGGAAAGACAACCUCCGUGCUGUGUCUAGCACGCCAGAUGUUGGGGGAUUCAUACAAGGAGGCCGUGCUGGAACUGAACGCCAGUGAUGAGAGAGGUAUCGAUGUGGUGCGCAAUCGCAUCAAGGGCUUUGCCCAGAAGAAGGUGACCUUGCCACAAGGUCGGCAUAAGCUGGUGAUUCUCGAUGAAGCGGACAGUAUGACCGGUGGUGCCCAACAAGCUCUACGACGUACUAUGGAAAUUUAUUCCUCCACCACCCGAUUCGCCUUUGCCUGCAACCAGUCCAAUAAGAUCAUUGAACCUUUGCAGUCCCGUUGUGCAAUUCUUCGAUAUGCCCGGUUGACCGACGCCCAAGUCGUCAAACGGUUGAUGCAAAUCUGUGAGGCGGAAAAGGUCCAGCACUCGGAGGAUGGUAUUGCUGCUCUGGUCUUCAGUGCCGAGGGUGAUAUGCGUCAGGCGAUCAAUAACUUGCAGAGUACCGCCUCCGGCUUCGGCUUUGUCAGUGGAGAUAAUGUGUUCCGAGUCGUGGAUAGCCCACACCCAGUCAAGGUCCAGGCCAUGAUCAAGGCCUGUUGGGAAGGCAAAGUGGAUUCCGCUCUGGAGGGGUUGAACGAACUAUGGUGGGUUGAACUCCUUUUAGCAUUAUCAACAGCUCUAACCGUCUUCAUCUACAGGACCCUGGGAUACUCCUCUCACGACAUCAUCAGUACUAUGUUCCGAGUGACCAAGACCAUUCCCACCUUGUCCGAGCACUCCAAACUCGAGUUCAUCCGGGAGAUUGGCUUUACCCAUAUGCGCAUCCUGGACGGAGUGCAAUCUCUCCUCCAACUCAGCGGCUGUGUGGCGAAGCUAUGCAGGAUCAAUAUGAAGCCCGAGCUCUUUGAAGCCAAGGCUUAA